GGGCAAGCCUUGAUGAGAAAGGCACUUAAUGAUCUCAUUUUUAAACAUCGCCCGUGCUUGGUGUUUUUGAUGGAGACCAAAAAGAACAAGAAAUACUUGGAGCGGUUAAGAAGAAAGUAUGCAUUUUCUAGUAGUGUGUACAUUGAACCGCAAGGUUAUUCGGGGGGUUUAGCCUUGUGGUGGACUGAGGAUGUUCAUAUUUCUAUUUUCUCCUCUGAUAAAAAUAUGCUGGAUGGUAGCUGUUCAAAUGUUGCUUACUCUAUCUCUUGGCAUUUUUCCUUUGUCUAUGGGGAACCUAAUGCACACUUACGACAAGCUAUGUGGAGCAGAAUGAUGAAUCAUAGAUGGCCUAGUUCUGUUCCAUGGCUAAUAAUGGGAGAUUUAAACCUUAUUGGAGAUAGUAGUGACAAGAAGGGGAAAAGACCUCCGUCGAGGGUUGAUAUAAGAUUAUAUGAGGACUUGAUCUGCUCUUGCUCCUUAAGAGAGAUUGCUUAUAAAGGUGCUACAUAUACAUGGGUUCGAGGCAAUAUUUGUGAACGACUUGAUCGGGCUCUAAGUAAUGACAUUUGGGGUUGUCUCUUCCCAAAUGCUCAGCUAUUCCACUGCACAAGGAUUGGCUCAGACCAUUGCCCUCUCAUUUCAAGGCUUAUCCACCCGUCUGUUAUUGCAGAAAUGAAUCAUGCAUUGUGUCGUUCUGUCUCGGAUGAUGAAAUUUGUUCUGCGGUGUUCCAAUUAGGUGCUUUUAGGGCGCCUAGAGUGGAUGGUUUCCCAGGGUGCUUCUAUCAACAACAUUGGGACCUUGUAGGACCAGAUUCUGCUUUUAUUCAUGGUAGAGCUAUUCAAGAUAAUAUUUUGAUUGCACAUGAAGCCUUCCAUGGUCUACAGCUUAAGAAAUCUGGUAAGCAUUGUGUUUUGGCUUUGAAAUUAGAUAUUCGGAAGGCAUAUGAUAGUGUGGAUUGGCACAGCUUGGAACAUAUUUUGAGGGCUCAUGGCUUUUGUGAGCAAUGGAUCCAUAUGGUAAUGCAAUGUGUCUCGACAGUAUCAUACACAGUCGGAAUUAAUGGCAAUCAAACCCCUAUUUUUGUUCCCCAAAGAAGACUCCGACAAGGAGACUCGUUAUCCCCGUACCUCUAUCUCUUUAUUGCUGAUCUUUUAUCUCGUCUAUUGAUGGCAGCAACAAUAGAAAAGAAGAUCUUUGGUUACACGAUUCGAAGGAGGAGCCCUACAAUCAGUCACCUGUUUUUUGCUGAUGACUUCUUAGUGUUCUGUCGAGCCAUAGUAGAGGAAGUGAGCCACUUACAAACUAUCUUGCAACUCUACGGGGAUAUUAUUGGACAGAGAGUUAACUACUCCAAGUCUGCUGCAGUUUUUAGUCCUAAUACCCCUAAGGAAGUCUGGGAAUCCAAUUGUGAGCACCUAGGAAUUCGACUUGAAUCUGUUGUCUCCAAAUACCUUGGAUUACCAACCUCUUGAGGAAGGUCUAAAAAAGAUAGCCUCAAAUUUGUGGUUGACAAAAUUCAAAAGAAACUUGCUCAUUGGAAAAAAAACUUGCUCAUUGGAAAAAAAACUUGCUGUCCCAAGCGAGCCGAGAGGUCUUAAUUAAAGCAGUUGCUAUGGCCAUUCCUACCUUCACAAUGUCUUGCUUUUUGUUUCCAAUGGGUGUUUGCAAAGAAAUCAAUUGACUUAUU